CAUCAGUCAUGUUUAUAUAACUGCGAGAUUAUCUCUGGACAAUGAUAAACAGAGACCAAGCGUACAGCAAAAAUGGCACAUCGGAUUGACACCCAUAGUCACAGUGACGCUGAAGUCGCGACAAAACCUAGCCUCGACGCCAAAGCCAAUCCUGUAUUGGACACAGAGGUCAUCGACCAUGGUCUUGACCCCGAUGCAAAGUCGAGUUCCGAAUGGCGACGCAUUGCUGGUUUCUUUUGGGACUCGAUUGACGGGGAUCCUAAGUACCGCGCAUAUGUAAGACGUUUAGAUCUGAUCUUCUUUCCAACGGUGUUGCUUGGCUACUUCAUCAAAUACUUGGACCAGACCAAUUACAGUAACGCCUUUGUCAGUGGCAUGCAAGAAGAUCUCGAUCUUUACGGCAACGAGCGCAACUGGCUUGGCACAUGGUUUAGUCUGGGCAUCAUGGUCGGUACUAUCCCGGCUCAAAUGCUACAGUUGAGCCAUAUUCGCCCUUCCAUCUUGAUUCCUACUUGUGAGAUAUGCUGGUCGGCGUUGGUCAUUGGCAUGGGCUUUACCCAUAGUAUUAAAGUGAUGUACGUUCUGCGUUUCUUCAUCGGAUUGUUCGAAUCAUGCGCUUUUCCUGGAUACAUCGCCAUGCUUGGCAGUUGGUAUGGUCCUAAUGAGCUGACAAAGCGUCUGGCCAUUCUUCUUGAGGUUGAGUCUAUCGCUAGCAUGUUUAGCGGAUAUCUUCAGGCUGGUUUAUACAGUAGUAUGAAUGGACGCCAUGGCCUAGCUGGUUGGAGGUGGUUGUUCAUUAUGGACGGAGUAAUCUCAGUUCCUGUGGCCAUCUGGGGUUUGUUUGGACUGCCUGAUCACCCACAUAACACGAGAGCCUUUUACUGGACAAAAGAACAUAUCAAGUAUGGCCAGGAGCGAAUUGCCAAGUUUGGUGUCAAAGAGCAGAUCAAGCUGAACUGGGCCGAGAUUAAGCGAAUUUACACGGGUUGGAAAAUUUGGAUGUUUGUCAUCCCAUACACCAUGGUCGCUGCCUGCCACACGGCUACAAGUUACUUCAACCUCUGGCUGAAGGCAGAGGGAUACAGCGUGCAAAAGAUCAACUACUUACCAACUGGUGGAAAUGCGCUCGCCAUUGUCGUAACGGUGGCCUGGGGCAUGAUAGCGGACCGAACCAAGCAGUACUACUGGCUGAUUGCGUCCCUGACGCUUCUGAUGAUCGUGGCCAAUAUUCUUCUCUCAGUCUGGGACAUUCCCAAGUCCGCUCUCAUGUUCGCUUACUACAUCUCCUACACCGGCUCAGCAUGUACUCCUGUGCUCAUUAGCUGGACAUACGGUUUGAAUGCUGCUGAUACCAACACCAGGCAGCUUUUGGUGGCUACGGCUAAUCUUGUGUCGUACGCUUGGGUCCUCUGGGUACCAUUGGUCCUGUUUCCGACAUACGAUGCGCCAAAAUACAAGUACGGCUAUCAGAUUUUGAUAUUGUUUGGUGGAAUUGCCAUUCUGAGUAUCACGGCGAUGAGGUAUCUCUAUAGCCGAAAGAAGUAGUCUAAGAGCUCAGAUCCUCUUAGCUUGAGAGGUGGAUAUUCUGGCGCAGGCAAAAGCAGGAUGAGUCAUAUGACAUCGGCGUAGCUAUAAAUUUCUGUAGUAGAGUGAAGACGACAAGGGUCGGAUAGAAGAGGAAACAUGUUGGUCCAUAAUGGAAGGGCUGGGUUUUGUAUAUAGGCAAGUACGAGACUGGAACGAAUGAUUGGGACAGUUAUAUUCACC